CUGAUUCGGAAGAGGUGGAGUGGAGGGGUGAAAGGCCAUUCAUUUUCAGAAGACUGGCCUUAUCUCUCAACUUCUUCUUCUUCUUCGCCGCCUUCUUCAUUUCUUUCUUUUAUCUUCUAAUUCUACUCACUUAUUUUACUUCAAAAUGUCCUCUAUACUCGGAGUAUCUUCCACUCUCUUCUUGGAGGUCUCCGCUAAACGAGCUACGACCUCGUCUUUGUUUCGCUCUUUACCGUUGGCCGACAAGUCUCACUUCAAUGCUUUGAUAGCUUCGAACAAUAAGCCUCUAGUUCUUAAGAGCAGUGGCCUCAGCUUUGUUCCUUCGGCCAUAGCUACUCCUAACAACGUCCUCAGUGAAGAAGCGUUCAAAGGACUCGGUGACUUCUCUGACAAUUCCGACUCUCUUGAUGAGGAUUAUGAGUCUGAGAACGUUAGUACGGACGAUGAUGAACUCGCCAUUUCUAAGCUAGGUUUACCUGACCGUCUCGUUGGUACUCUUGAGAAGCGUGGCAUUACUCAGCUUUUCCCCAUUCAGAGAGCUGUUUUAGUACCGGCGCUACAAGGUAAAGAUUUGAUUGCUCGUGCAAAGACUGGAACAGGGAAGACAUUAGCCUUUGGUAUCCCGAUACUUAAACGUCUUACUGAAGAAGCUGAUAAAGCUCCUUCUUUCAGGCGGGGUCAACUUCCUAAAGUUUUGGUUCUUGCACCUACUCGCGAGAUGGCCAAGCAAGUAGAGAAAGAACUUAGAGAGUCUGCACCUUAUUUGAACACUGUUUGUGUUUAUGGAGGAGUUCCAUACUACCCUCAACAGAAUGCUCUUGCCCGUGGGGUGGAUGUGGUCGUUGGAACUCCUGGUAGAAUCAUCGACCUUAUUGAAAGUAACGCCCUCAAAUUGGGGAAAAUUGAGUUUUUGGUUAUUGAUGAAGCUGAUCAGAUGCUUGCUGUUGGAUUUGAGGAAGAUGUAGAAGUUAUUUUGGAAAAUAUUCCACCUAAGCGACAGAGCAUGCUUUUCUCUGCAACCAUGCCUGCUUGGGUCAAGAAAUUGUCUAGAAAGUAUUUGGAUAAUCCUCUCAAUAUUGAUUUGGUUGGUGACGGAGAUGAAAAGCUUGCAGAAGGGAUCAAACUUUAUGCUAUAUCAACCACUGCAACCUCAAAGCGAACCAUUCUUAGUGAUCUUGUAACGGGAUCUGCAAAGGGUGGGAAGACCAUUGUAUUUACACGGACGAAACGAGAUGCUGAUGAAGUCUCAAGGGUUUUGACAAAGAGUAUAGCUUCUGAGGCAUUGCAUGGAGAUAAAUCUCAGCACCAGAGGGAGAGAACAUUAAAUGGUUUCCGACAAGGAAAAUUCACUGUUCUUGUUGCCACUGAUGUUGCAGCUCGUGGGCUUGAUAUCCCCAAUGUUGAUUUAGUUAUCCACUAUGAACUUCCAAAUGGUCCAGAAACUUUUGUUCAUCGCUCGGGUCGUACUGGGCGUGCAGGGAAGGAAGGUAAUGUUAUUCUGAUGUUUACUAAUAGCCAAAGGAAAACAGUUAGAUCCCUUGAGCAUGAUGUCGGGUGCAAGUUUGAGUUUCUUAGUGCCCCAGCUUUUGGAAGGGUUUUAGAAUCAUCAGCCGAGCAAGUAGUUGCUACUCCUAAUGGAGUAGUUCAUCCUGAGUCUAUAGAGUUUUACAUUCCUACUGCCCAAAAGUCGACUGACGAACAAGGAACAGAUGCUAUUGCUGCUGCACUAGCUCUGUUGAGUGAGAAUUCUUCCCGCUCUCUUAUAAGCCAUGAGCAGUUGCCUCCCUUGCAGGAUGAUGGGCCUUCAAGUGAUAAUUAUGGUAGAUUCUCUAACAGGGAUAGGUUUUCCCUAGGAGGUUCCAGGGACGAGAGAAGUUUUAGAGCAUCUCAUGGUGGUUGGAGCAGCGAUGAUGAGGAUGGAUAUAAGGGUGUUGGUCGAAGUUCUAGUACUCAAAAUAGGUUUUCGAAAAGCAGUGGAGAUGAUUGGUUUGAAGAUAUUCCUAUAGAUUUCGAACUAUAUACGGGGUAUCAGGAAUGAAGAUUUUGGAUAUUUGUAGGGGGGGUAUCAGGAAUGAUAUUUGGAUAUUUGUAGCCGCACGAUAAUAGGACACUGUGUCUUUAUAUUCUGCUCAGCGAUGAAAAUAGAUAAAAAAAGACCAAACUGUUUCAUUCUCUUGAUGUGCAAUCAAAACAAAACUGAGCAAUUCUAAAUUCUAUUAAAUCCUAUGGGGUUGAAAAUCGAUUAA